AUGCAGAUUCGGCUGGUGAUUGGGAAUAUUGAUACGACGGAUUCAAUUAUCGAUUCGACAGAAAAGAAUGUUAUCGGAUUUGAUGACAUGGUGGAUAUUUCUGGAAAAUUGGCGAAACCUUCGUAUUCAAUGGUGGAAUUAUGUCAGAAGAAACUGAAAAAAAUUGAAAGCGAUUGCGUAUUAGAAGAUUAUCGAAAAUAUUUGAAUCAUUGUGAAUUAAAUGAUAUUAUUGAUAUUUUUCUUCAAUGUCAAUUCGAAUCGGCGGAAAAAGCCAUUCUUUUAUCAAUCGAUAGUUUCCGAAAUGAAAUCGAUCAAUUACUAUUCGAAUAUUUAGUAAAGAAUUCGUCGGUAACAUGUGAUAUCUAUGAUGAAAAAAGCAAGACAUUUCUCAAUGAAACCAAAGAAAAUCUAAUCAAAUUGAUUAAGGAAUCAAAAACUUUCCAUCAACAAACGAAUCCUCAAAAUGUGUUAAAACAUACAAUCUGUUCGUAUUUAUCAUUGGCAAUGAACACUCGCAAUGAGCAUGCACUCAUUCAUUGUCUUCGUGCAUCUCCAAAAAUUGGAUUAGAUCAAAGUAUGAUCAAGAAGUUGAUAAAUUUACCAUGUUCUGAGCACGUUACACUGUACGAGUCUCUUCAUGCAUUUCAUUUGGAAAAUUGUGAUGCGUCAGCAGAACCAAUUCGUCCACUGAAGGAAUUUUUCGAUUUAAUUAAACAAGUGCACAAUAAAUGUGUGAACGCGGAAGCCGAACGAACUUUAAGUCAAGUAUUGAAUUCGAUUGGAAAAUACUUAGACGUACAAGAUAAUCGGCUCUUAACAGAUAUUUUUGAAGAAUUCUCUCAAUGCUUUCAAACAAUGCUCUCGCUUGUAAAGUCACCAUUAUCAUCAAGUCAGUCUGCAUCGUCAACCGCUCGUUGCUUCCGUCGAUCUAUCAUUUAUCUUUGUGCGAAACAAGCACUUGUUCAAACGAAAUCUACGAUGAACGUUCCUGGAGAAAUUUCAUCCCCACGGCACAUAGGAAAGCGCCUCAUUCGAGAAAGUCGUGCUUUACCAACAAUCUACGAAACAGACGAGAAAAUAAAUACCAAACGACAACCAUUACAAAUGCUCGAUGUGAAUUCAUUCCCUCAUACGGAUGAACGAGAACUUCCAUGUGAAAAUUCAAUCGUAUGGAAAUUCGUCAGUGAUGGUGAUAAAGAAAACUUGCCAAUGUUAACGCGAAAACGACGAAUGAAUUCCACGAAAGCGGAACAAUCGAAUAAAAAACAGAAGAAAAUCGAUAUUUAA